AGUCCAGGAGGACACAAGCAUAUACAAGCCUGUAGCCUGUUCCUGCCUAGAGCCAAGCAGCAGCGUAAAGAAGCAGCACUUCGUCAGAACACCUUGGAGCUUUCCCCAGCGUCCUUCCUGAACCAUGAACCACAGUCUAAAUUCCUCAACAUCAGGAGGUCCUGAUGUCCUGUAUGCUGCCUCUGUCACAGCGCUGCUGCUGGUUACCCCCAUCAACAUCUACACCCUGUUGCUGAUUGUCAGAGGAGGCCUGGAGACCAUAACUUCAGAGUUCUACUGCCUUAACCUGGCCGUCUCUGACAUUUUGAUUUGCUUCUUUUGUCUUUUUUAUGUAAUUGGGAAGCAUCUUCAAGUGUUUUUGACCGUAAGCAGCUUUUUCCUAGGUUUCCAAAACAUAGCUCGCCCAUUGUUUCAGGGAUGUAUCUGUGUGGAACGCUAUUUGGCUGUGGUUCACCCUUUGAUCUUUCUCAGGUACAAACUACUCAGGUAUAAAAUAAUUUGUUGCUGUGUGGUCUGGUUUAUCACGCUGGGCUUUUGUAUUUCAUUUAUAUACUAUUUUCUUAUUCAGAGUGUUAUCUUUAAAGUGUAUCAAGGUUUUUACACAGUUCUUCUUACCUUGAUGAUGUUCUGCUGUGUGUCAGUCCUGUGGGCUCUGAAACAGCCCGGUCCAGCACAAGGAAGGAGUCAGAGAACAGAGGGCAAUGAUGCCAAGAGGAGAGCAUUCAACAUCAUUAUGAUCACCACUGGGAUUUUUGUAAUAGAGUACCUUCCAUAUGGUGUGUUGUUAUUUCUGUAUGGUUACAUAAAAAUCAAAGAGUAUUCUUUUUUAUUCAGCAUUAUCUUAUCUCUCUCCAUUUUUGCUGGUGUUAUUAACCCUCUUUUCUUCCUUCAAAGAGCUGCAAAACUCCCUUCUUUAAACUUGGACAUUCAGAGAUUCAUGCUAAGAAAAUAAACACAACAAAUAACCUGGAUAAAAGAUUAAUCUGAUGCUAACUUUGAUGAAAUAACAUGUAUUACUAUACUGUGCAACAACAAUUGUCAUACCAGCAGUCUUUUCUAUUAAGAAACAGGCAGGUUUCUAGUGAGGCAGAGAUAUUUGAGUGCCACACCUUGGGCCAGUGAGAGGAAGAUUAAACAGACGUCCCCAGGGAGUUUAAUGACAUAUUAAGCAAGAAGUAUAAAGUAACAUUUUUUUAAAUGUAUUGAUGCAAUAGGUAUGUAUCUCUCUGUUAUCAGAUGGUAUAAUAUAUGCAAUCCAAACAAUUGUUCUUAACUUCAUUGUAAACUUGAUGUGUGUGUUGUAUCUAUAUUUAUCUUAUCUGUGUGAAAAGUAAUAUAUAUAUAUUUAAAUGAUUCAAUUAAGAGUGACCUAAAAGAAAGCUUGUGCUAGUUAAUUGUCCUUGAGUGUAAAUGGAAGGAGACUCUGAAGUAAUAUAAUUUACUGUGGUCUGAGCAUUGAAAGGGUAAAAGUAUGGGCCUUGCAGAACACCCAUCCAAUGAGCCCUCAGUCUGCUGCCAUUCAGCAUAGUUACACAAUACACACUGAUGGCCUGGGGUACACUGUGGAGCUAUAAGGCUGAAUUAAAAACGAAUUAUGUUCUAUAUUAAUCUCUUCAUUAUUUUUUCUUGGUCAAAUCAUAUAUUGUAAUAGAUUAACUUUCUUAAUUUGUUACGUUUUAAUUGCUGUUUCUGUAUAAUAAUAUAAAAUAAA